AUGGACGAUCACUCCCACAAGGCCCCAAACCACAGCCGACCUCUACUAUAUGUCCCCAAUUCAUUAUGGACGCGUUUAUUCGCCUCAACGGUCAUCACUGAGACUGUCCUUACGGUCGCAAUUGAAAGCUGGAUCUUGAUUAGUUUGUGGAACAACCUCGACGACGACGGCAAAACGGACGGUCCCCUGCGUCUCCAGUCAUUUUUGGGUCUCUUUAUAUUUGCCCUCCUAUACGAGUUAGCUCUCUCGUAUGAUGCAUUGCGCCGGAAGAACACAAUCCAAUUGGUCGGACUCUGCAUCUGCAAUUUAGGUCUCUUGACAUAUGGCUUUCUCCAGAUGCAAGAAAUUCAGUCUACCAUCAGCGAUAUGGUCAAUGAUAAGAAACUCAGCACCCAUCUGUUGAAGUUAUAUCGCGUGGAACUCAUUAUCGUUCCAGUCAUAUUGGGUGUCGGGACCGUCUGCAUGGUUUUCUUGACGUGGAAGUUGCGUGCUGAGUUCUCGUGGUCCAUCUACAAAAAUAUCAGUGCGGAUCUGCAGAUGAAGCGCCGAUAUGUUACAUAUCAGGUAUACAUUGCUCUUUUGAAAUUCGACUUUUUCUUUGUAUUUGGCAGUCAACUUCAAAUUCUUCUGGUUGUUUUCAAAGCCGAGGACGCCGAUUUUAUUAUUAAUGCUGCCUUGAUUCCAACCACGAUAGCCACAUUGGUCGGGUCGGCUCAAUUCUGCAAGCGUGAGAAGAAAAAGUCUCUGAUCACGAUGAUAUUUUUUAUGCUUAUUAUAAUUGGGUGUUUUGUCCUUACCCUAUUUCGAAUGCACAGUGUCAAGACUAGCGUCGACUUCAGCUCUGUCCGGGUAUCUCUGACGUUGUUUGCCGGUGUGUCGGUGCUACUGAUGCUGAUCACGGUUAUAACCUCCGUGGCGUGUAUCAUCAACUUUGGUAAAGGGCUAAAGAACCAUACCAAUCCACCCAAAAAGCGGCGGAAAGAUUCAGUCACCUUGGAGCUCCAGGAAAGCGAAACUCCUACGCGGUUCUUGCUGCACUAA